AUGGCGAGCCCCGCACGCCCGCGGCAGGAGCUGGCGGCCGAGGAGCGGCGGCUCCGCGGCGCGGCCCCGACGGUGCCCCGCGAGGGCAAGCGGGAGGCGGCGGGGGAGCGGCUGGUGCUGCUGGAGCUGCGCCGCUGCGGGCGGCCGCCGUCCCCCGGCCCCGGCCAGCGGCAGGAGGAGGGGGAGGAGGAGGAAGACGAGGGGGAGGCGGCGGCGGGCGAAGAUUGCUGCGGCAAGUGCAAGAAGCGGGUGCAGUUCGCCGACUCGCUGGGGCUGAGCCUCGCCAGCGUCAAGCACUUCAGCGACGCCGAGGAGCCGCAGGUGCCGCCCGCCGCGCUGUCGCACCUGCAGAGCCCGCCCGGCGAGGAGCGGGACCCGCCGCCGCCCGGCGCCGACCCGCCGCCGCCCGCGCUGCUCCUGGUGCCCGACUUCCCCGACGGCGGCGAGCCCAGCGCCGAGCGGCUGCGGCGGCAGCGCGUCUGCCUGGAGCGCCUGGGGCGGCCCGCGGCGCCCACCGACGUGCGCGGCACGGUGCGAGUGCUGGGCGGCCCCGGGCCCCGCGAGGUGACGGUGCGCUACACCUUCAACGAGUGGCUCUCCUUCGUGGACGUCCCGGCCGCGCCGCUGCCCCCCGAGCCGCCGGCCGAGCGCUACGGCUUCACCCUGUGCGUCCCGCCGAGCCUGCGGGAGGGCUCGGCCCUGCACUUCGCCAUCCGCUACCGCAGCCCGCAGGGAGAGUUCUGGGAUAACAACGCAGGCCGCAACUACACGCUGCGCUGCUGCGGCUGCCCCGGGGGCGGCCCCGCCGCCGCCCCGCCGGGCCCCGCCGCGCCCCGCUACUGACGGCGGCCGGGCGAGCGGAGCCCGGGGCACCCGGCCCGGCCGGCGGGGCCGCACCCGCGCCCGGAGCGAGGCCCGGCUCGGGAGGGACGCGGCCAGAGCGCCAAGGGCCCGGCCCGGAGACUGCCCCAAGUCUGGUGGUUUUUAAGCAGGAGCUUCAGUUUCUGCCGGCGAAAUAUGGAUGUGCGUAGGCUCGCAUUGCUGUGGCUUGUGGAAUUGUUCUCCUUUUUGGUUUUUUGUAUUUUUUUUUUUUUUUGAGAGAGAGAGAGCGAGGAGACUGAGUAGCGUGGGCUCUGCUUUUCCCCUCUUGAAGUGAAUUUUUGAGGUCUUGAUUUGGGCUUGACUCCACUUACCCGAUUAGUCAAGAGCACUCGUGUGAAAACUUGGUGGCGUGUUCGCUACAGAUAUAAAUUAGGAUCCCAAUUUUCCCGUUCUCAGAUCCAUUUGAAAGGCACAGUACUGCGACAGCAAUGGUGUGCUUUGUCCUCUUUCUGUUAUUUUCUUUUAGUUCAAUGGACUCCGUAACAAUUCGAUUCACUGUUGCGAGCACCUGUCAAACCCGUGACAGGCCUGCGUGCCCGUCCCACCUUUGCCACGGCUGCGGCAGCUCUGAACAGCAGGCACUCUGUUUUGGGGCUGGAUCUGGGGCUGGACUGGGCUGCCCUGGUUUUUGUCACUCAACACACUUUGGUACCGCUCCCCGUGCUCACAUGGAGAUCCCGUCUGGCUAAUAGCAGCCAACAGGGACUUGUGCAGAAAGGUUUUUGCUUAAAAUAGACCGGUGACUUCUUUUCACACAACCGACGAGUCUAAAACCGGGACGAAGGAGGAGUUAAAAUACUUGCUGAUGCUGUGUUUAUCAGGAGAACUUUAGUCACACCUUUGAGUCGUGCACUGUGAAGUGUUUGUCUCAUACACGGUUCUGUAUUUUCAGAUUUGGGUCUGGCUUGGAUGACCCUUCUCACUGAGGAGUGACGCUGCCAUACAGAGAGGGUGUCCUCAGUAACAAUGGAAACAAGUGCCUUAGUUCAGAUCUCCCUAUGUUACAUUUUGCACCACAUUUCUCAAGUAUUUAUAAUUUAUUCAGCUUUUUUGCUACAUAUUUUUCUGUAUUUGUAUGUUGCUGGGAAAGGACUUUGUUGUGCACACGGCUGGACUUUAUGGCGCUGGACACUUGAAUUGAUUUUAUGGUCUUCACGCUUGCACUGCAAGCCUAGAGGUUGACUACUACUGGUGUCCCAACUCUUGAAAUUAAGCAAAAACUACCAAUGCAAAUGGGUUUGUAAGAAUAAAAAAAAGUUUUAAAAAAAGCCAUAAAGCUCACCAUCACACUUA